AGUGAAUUGUUUAUCUCAAAAUGUCUGAUGCACCAGCUAAGAAGGCCAAACAGCCGGCCAAACCCGCUGAACAUCCCAAAUACAGUGAAAUGAUCAAGGCAGCGAUUCUGUCCUUGAAAGAACGAUCUGGCUCUUCCCGCCAAGCCAUCGUGAAGUACAUCAAAGCUAACUACAAAGUAGGAGAUAACUGCGAUGUUCACGUCAAAAUGGCUCUUAAGCGUAUGGUAGUCGCAGGAUUACUUAACCAGCCCAAAGGCACAGGCGCUUCUGGGUCUUUUAAAGUAAACAAAGAGAAAGCAGAGGAGAAGAAGAAACCUGCAGCCAAAAAGCCCGCAGCGAAGAAACCAGCCGCCAAGAAACCUUCCGCGAAAAAGUCGGCUCCAAAGAAAGAAGCCAAAAAACCAGCCAAGAAAGCAGCGGCUAAGAAAUCAACAMCUAAGAAAAGUAAACCUAAGAAACCGGCCGCCAAGAAACCAGCACCAAAAAAGCCAGCAAAGAAGCCUGCAGCCAAGAAAGCAGCAAAGAAACCUGCGGCCAAGAAGUCUGGAAAGAAAGGCGCCAAAAAAUAAAUAGUCUUACCUUUAACAAACUAAAAAAACGGCUCUAUUAGGAGCCACCUACAUGCUUGAAAGUCAAUUCCUCAAAAUGCCCUGAGUUUCUACUUAAACGUACAUGUCCAAGUUUAUUUCUCCCAUUAUUAACGAAGGGGAAAGUUUGUGUUUUAAAAGUAUUAUUAUAAAGGGGUUAAAACACGCAAARAGUGUUUAUAUAAAGCACUAGACUGAAAUUUUUGAAGAUUUCAUGUCAUUUUACCAUCAUAAAUACCAGUUUAUGAAAAUUGAAGUAAAUCUUUACAAUUAGUUACAGAACUGAAUCACAACUUUAAAUUAGUGAAGCGGUACUAAAAUAAUCGUUUGGUUGCAGUUUUUAUACACUAUAUUGCAUAGGAAUGUGCCAAGGGCUUUGAAAAAGGUUGAACUGGCAGUUGACAAUUAAAUG